AUGCAAGGCACAGUUCAUUAGAAUAUAAAAAUAUAAUGGACGAAGUUUGGAAGGUGUUGACCGUCGGAUGGCAAUAAAUAGUAUUUUUACUCCUUUUCGAAGUAUCUCCGUCGAUGCUCCUUUAUAUUUAAACCUGACAAAUACUUUAUGUGCAGAACCUUUGAAAAAGAAGAAAAAAAUUGACCCUGCAGUUAUUAAGCAUCGAGAGGAACGUAAAAAAAGGAAAUUAGAAAAAUUUAUAAGGCGAUUAGAGAAACAUGCGGAGAUGUUAAAACCUAUUCAUGAAAUAGAAGUUUCUAAAGAAUUAGAGAAAGAAGCACAUUAUAGAAGAAGAUGUGGGCUUCGUUUAUCAUUUAAGACAUUAGAAAAAAGAGCUUUCAUGUUUAAAGAAUGGAAUAGAUAUAAAUCUGCGCAACAUAGAGAGCAUGCAAAACUUAUACGUUUGUAUAUGUCUGCUAAAUUAAAAGCUCUCAAUAAACUGAAAGAAAUAUCAUAUAGUCUUUAUUUAGAUGCGAUAAAGAUCGAUGACGAGUUACUACCCUUUUCUUCUAAAGGACCAUUAAACACACUACCAAUAGAAGGCUAUAAAGCACCACAAGGUGAUUACGUUGAUGUAACUAGAAAAUUUGAUUGAGAAUGAAACUAAGAACUGGCGUCAUUUAGUUAAUUAUCCGACUUGAUGAUUGAUUACAAUUAUUAACUGUAGUAAUUAAUCGGGAAUUUAAAUUAAGUGGA